AUGUGCUUCGAGACUUCUCGUUCAGUGACAGAACAGCCGUUACCGUUUGCUGGAGGAGUUGCAGUGUUCUGUUUCGAGGGCUUUGCAAUGACUCUGGCUCUUGAAGGUUCCAUGAGGGAGAGACAAGCUUUCCCUAAACUGUUGGCUAAAGUGCUCGUCGGGAUCACCUUCGUCUACGUCUUGUUCGGUUUCUGCGGUUAUAUGGCUUACGGAGAUGAAACAAAGGAUAUCAUCACACUCAACCUCCCAAAGAACUGGUCUGCCAUUGCCAUUGGCUUGUGUGUGGGAUUGAAAUUUACAUUCCCGAUCAUGGUACAUCCGCUUAACGAGAUCAUAGAGCAGAAACUGAAAAGGAACGAGUGGCUUCAAAAGCAUCAGUACAGCAACGAAACAGGUUCGGUCUCCAAAUAUGUAAUCUUCACAACGAGGACGCUUUUGGUGGUAGGACUCGCAGCGAUCGCGUCGUUAGUGCAAGGCUUCGGUACAUUUGCAUCUCUGGUUGGAAGUACUCUGUGUGCACUCAUAUCGUUUGUGUUGCCUGCUUCUUAUCACCUGACGCUGCUCGGUCCAUCGCUGAAUUUAUGGAGCAAAUCCGUUGAUGUGUUCAUCGUGACUUGCGGGCUGCUCUUUGCUGUCUAUGGUACUUACAACACGAUCUGUCGGAGUGUGAAAUGCAAAGUGAUUCUGUCUAAAAAUGAACACAGCGGCAAUAGAAAGUUGCUCAGAAGAAAAAGAGAAUGUACAGCUGUUUUUACGUGA